GCCAACCCAAUGACCAGACAACAACGGGUACAGGUAAGUAUAAAACAAAUUUUAUUGAAUUAAAUAAUUAAAAUGAACUUGGGAAUUGGGGAAGGGGAAAUUAAAACUAGUGCUCUCGGCUCUGCCCUCCAGGUAGGCUGCGGCCAGGAAGAGUAACGAGGAAAAAGGGGGGGGACAACAGGAGUCCAAGACGCUGUGGGCCAGGGAUGUAGGACUCAGGCUCCUGCCUGGUCUUGUCUACCCGUGGCAUCCUCCUUUUCCUCCUGGAGGCAGAAAUGAAACAAGAUGAGUGUUUCGCUGAUUAUAUUCUUCUGCGUACCUUGCUCUCCGUGCGGAGUUUCUCCUCCGUACGUACUCUGAGGGUUGCACAAUGUUCCUUUGUCUCACGGGUAUCUCUUUUUCUUGCAGGCUGCUGCAGAACACCAGGGGGUCAGCCCUACCAGCGGCAAAGGACCUCUUCUCGCCUUCACUCGGAGCACGGUCGGGCAACAGCUGGGACACAAGAGGCACAGUUACUUGGACUUGGUUUGCUCUCACCUCUCUGCUGGACACAGCGUACAGUAAGUACGGGUUUCACACAGUUCCUUUUCGUGUCGCUCACUCUCUUUCUCUCUUUCUUUCCACAGGCAGCAGCUGGGACACAAGAGGCACAGUUACUUGGACUUGGUUUGCUCUCACCUCUCUGCUGGACACAGCGUACAGUAAGUACGGGUUUCACACAGUUCCUUUUCGUGCCGCUCACUCUCUUCCUCUCUCUCUUUCCACAGGCAACAGCUGGGACACAAGAGGCACAGUUACUUGGACUUGGUUUGCUCUCACCUCUCUGCUGGACACAGCGUACAGUAAGUACGGGUUUCACACAGUUCCUUUUCGUGUCGCUCACUCUCUUUCUCUCUCUCUUUCCACAGGCAGCAGCUGGGACACAAGAGGCACAGUUACUUGGACUUGGUUUGCUCUCACCUCUCUGCUGGACACAGCGUACAGUAAGUACGGGUUUCACACAGUUCCUUUUCGUGUCGCUCACUCUCUUUCUCUCUCUCUUUCCACAGGCAGCAGCUGGGACACAAGAGGCACAGUUACUUGGACUUGGUUUGCUCUCACCUCUCUGCUGGACACAGCGUACAGUAAGUACGGGUUUCACACAGUUCCUUUUCGUGUCGCUCACUCUCUUUCUCUCUCUCUUUCCACAGGCAGCAGCUGGGACACAAGAGGCACAGUUACUUGGACUUGGUUUGCUCUUAGCUCUCUGCUGGACACAGCGUACAGUGUGUACGGAUUUCACACAGUUCCUUUCCGUGGCGUUCCACUCGUUCCAACCUUGCACAGCACGUUCCUUGUUCCUAACAACAGAUCCCGGAAUAUAUUAAUUUUGGUUACACAGGGUGGCGGACUUAUGACACUGAUGUCUUCGAUGUGUCAGCUGGAGUAA